CCUGUGAUUGGUUUAAAGUCAUGUGGCCAGGGGUGAGCUUUCACCAAUGAGCGCGAGAGAAACGGACGCAGACAUUGGCGAAUGCUUGGGGGCGUGGUUUUAGCAGGUGGGAAAGCGGGAAAGAGCGGUCUGACACAGCGCCGCCCUCAGCCCGCGGCACGUGAUCUGAGGGCCCCGGCUCCCCGGGGGCCCGAGCUAUGCCCGCCGCCGCUGCACCAUCCGCUCAGGCGCUGCGCUAGCCCUCUAUGUGUCUAGGCCACUUGGGUCCUGCAUUGAGAGCCCGUGCUGGGAUGACUUGGAGACCCCGGGCCGACUGCUGCUCAAACACCGCGGAUCCUGGACUGGUUUUGCACAUCUAAUGCUUUAUCUGUCUUCUUAUGAUCAUGUUAAUGGAGAACAUUUUGCCUGUAUAUGAGGUGAAAAUUUGAAGGUGGUGUAUGGAGGGUAACAGCAAUGGGCAAUGACUGGCCAAAAACAUUCUCCUCCUGAUUCAGGUUUCAGUUGACAUGGACGAUGAAGAUGGCCGAUGUUUGCUAGAUGUAAUAUGCGACCCCCAAGCUCUGAAUGACUUUUUGCAUGGAUCAGAUAAGAUUGAUGGAGAUGAUUUGCUGGAUAACACAGGAGAUGCAGCCAAUGCCUUCUUUGUGGGCACUGGGCUUCAUGUUCAAGAAACUCCGGGGAACCAUUUAACUACAGAACCAAACCCCCCAGCUGGUGGUGUAGAUUUGGACUUUUUGCCAGAUGACAUCCUUGGGUCUCCAUCAGGGGCUAGUGCAAGCCUCACCAAUUCUGACCAGCCAUGUGACAUCCUCCAGCAGAGCUUGCAGGAGGCCAACAUUACAGAACAGACUCUUGAAGCCGAGGCAGAACUGGACUUGGGCUCUUUCCAGCUCCCUACUCUUCAACCAGUUGUGCCAGCUGCUCCAGAUGGGACCCCUCAGAUAUUUUCUGGUGGAGCAGACCUUAUUGGACUUCAGCAGCCAGCGGUGCUGACACACCAAGCGCUGGUUCAGCAAUCUGUAGGGGCAGAUGUGGUCAACAAGGCGAUCAGUGUACAACCAUUUAUCCAGCAGGUUGGCCUCGGUAAUGUUACAAUUCAGCCUAUCUCCAACCUCCCUGGCCUGCCUAAUGGCAGUCCAGGUGGAGCGUUAGGGAUUGGACAAAUACAAGUGGUCGGGCAACAAGUAAUGGCCAUCAACCAGCCUACACAACAGAUCCUUGCCAAGCCGGUGCAGCCAGCACAGGUGGCCAAUCUGCCAGUGGGUAGCUACUUGGCAGGGACCACCCAGGAGCAGCAGCAGGUCACAUUAACGUCAAGUGGGGUGUCUCCACAGAAUGCUGGGUUGGUCCUACAGAACAAAAUGCCUACAGUGGCCACGACGCUGAAUGGCAAUUCCAUGUUUGGCAGUGUGUCAGCAGCGCAGUGCACGCAGUCCCUUACCGUUACUUCCAGUCUGAACAGCCCGGUUAUAAUACAACGGACUCCAACUCCAAUACAACCCAAACCGGCUGGUGUACUGCAACAAAAGGUGUACCAAAUCUCACCCAAACCACAGUUUGCUCCCAACAAUACUACACUCACCAUCCAAGGAGAUGCAUCAUUGCAGCAACAGCCAAAAUCUCAGCAAAACCUUACAUUCAUGACUGGCAAACCUGGUCAAAACGUCGUCCUAUCCAGCUUUCCCCAGGGCCUUCCUGCCAAUGUGUUUAAGCAGCCUCCCCCGCAGCAGCAGACACUGGGCAAAUCCAUGAGUGUUCAGCUGCUUAACCAAGGCAGCAGCAUAGUCAUCCCGGCCCAGCAUGCCCAGGCAAUGCUGCAGGGACAGAACCAGUUCCUCUUGCCAGGAACUUCAACCGUCCAGCAUCUUUCUGCACUGCAGGCCAAUAUGGGUGGCCAGAUCUUAACUGCUUCCCACCCUAGUGGACAAGCCCACAUCAUUGCCAGCCAAGGUCCAGGAGGCCAAAUUCUAAAUCAGGCCCUGCCCGCCCAAAUACUUACCAAUCAGAACCUUGCAAGUCAGCUGAACUUGGGGCAGGUCCUCACGUCUCAGAAUGCACACGGCACAGCUCACAUAUUGUCUGGACCCAUACAGCUGCAGGCAGGACAAGUUGGCCAACCUACUUUGUUCCAGAUGCCAGUAUCCCUGGCCAGCAGUCUGAGCACGCAGAGUCAACCGGCCGUAACAACAUCACUUAACCAAGCCGGCCAAACUGUUAUACAAGGAGUGACUUUGCCCAAUCAGGUGGCCAUGUUCAAUACACCCGAGGGCCUUAGCCAAGCAGUAAGCAUUCAACAGGCCUCAACGGGAAACAGCCAGAGCCCGGGUAUUGUGCAACAAGGAGCAAGCCUUCUGCCGAGCGCAGAGCAGACCUCCAUAUUGACCGUCCAAACAACACAACAGCCAUCACAAGGACAAGCCCAACUCCAAUUGAAUGUACAGCAACAGCCACAGUCUUUAGCACCUCCGCCCCCUCAACAGGCAAUGCCCAGUCCCAGUCUUGAACCCAGCUCCGACAAAAUAAUCCUUAGCCAAGCAGCCCCAGGAAAUAUCAUCAGUGCAGAUUCCAUGCAGAUGUUCCUCCAGCAGAAGGAACAGCAACGGCAGCAAUUUUAUGAAGUGACGUUGAAACCACAGCAGGAAAGCAGCCUGGUGCAAACCUCUGCCGCCCCACAGCUCUCUAUGCCAGUCUACAGCAUAGCCGUCUCUGGCAGCACUUUGAGCAGCAGUACCUCCAGCAGCAGUAGCGUGCCCGCCUCCGUCAUAGUGAGCAGCAGUGCCGGCUCCGCAGCCCAGCCCAACCGUGACUUGGCCCAGAACCAUGCCACAACAUCGGAAUCCAAAGGACACUUACCUCAUUUCCCUACCAGCCAGUCUCAGCAGGCUAUGUCCUGCCAGAUUCCAGCCGGACAACAGAAGCUUCCCGGAGCCUCGCCUUCCCAUACACUACCUCACCCUCCCAGCCCUCAGCUUCAGGCCUCUGCCACCCACCACUCACAAAUGCAGUCUCCUCACCAGUCGCGCCCUCCUUCCCGGCCACCAUCUCGUCCUCACUCGAGGCCCCCGUCUCAACCUCAGAGUCUCCCCCGACCUCCUUCUGAGCCCCUUUCCCGCUCCUGUACUCCUCAGAUGCAAAACCUAUUUGUCAUCCAGAACCAAAUCUCCUCUUCUCCUCAUGGUUCCUCCCAGCACCCUCUGCGUCCUCCUUCUCAGCCUCAGGUACAGACGCCUUUUCCACCUCACCAGCCUAUGACCACGGAUAUGCCACAGACCCUGUCAUCCCCUCAGCAGCAUGUUCAGCUCCAAGUACAGCUGGGCACUACCCAGGCUGAGAUUCGAGCAGGUGUCCCCGUCUCCUUGCAGGCCACCCCACCCACUUCAGAAUCCCAAACACAUACGUUCCCUGUGCAGUUCCAGACACAGGCCUCUAUAAAAGGCCAGACCCCCGGGCAGUCCAUCCAUAUAAAUCCUGAACAGCAGCGAACCUUCCAGAUGACCCAUAGUCAGUUCCAGGCUUUGGCAAACGCAUUACCCCAGCAAAAACAACUUUUGGAGAGAUAUCAACAGAUGCAACAGGGCUUGAUGUUGCCAGCCCAGCAGCAACAAGGUGGCGUACAGACGUCCUCAGCAAUUGGCACACAGUUCACUGGUCAGUCGUCUUCAUUGCUGAUCGGUAGUCAGGGGCAGCCGGUGCAAGCUCAAGCCCCCCUGCACGGUCACUCCCCUGGGCAAGUACUAGUCCAGUCCGCGCAAGUGGUGCACAGCGAUCUGACAAAGGUGCAAGGCGGCACCAUGUCCCAGGCAGCUCAGCUCUCAACACUAAUUCAGCAGCAGCAGCAGCAAGGAUCAGUUCUUGUGAAGACUUCAGGCGCUGCUCCUGGGACCCAAGACUCCAAUGUUUACCCCAGCAAUGCUGUGAAAACCCCUGGGGUGCAGGGGAAACCUGUCAGUGCAGUUCCUGGGCAGACGCCGGGUAAAACUGGUGUUAUCAGCUCUGUGCCUAGUAUCAGUCUAGGAAAGGGUUCCCUGCAGAUCCAGGUGGUUGGAAAGGGAAUCCAGCAGAUUGUACCUACUGGCCAGGUCCAGAAUCAGCCACAGUAUGAAAAUAAAUUUGGAGCCCUGAAGAAAAUGCAAACACUACAGCCAAGCAAGGAAGCCUGCUUCCUGGAGCAGUUACACAAACACCAGGGCUCCGUUCUACACCCGGAUUACAAAUCCUCCUUUCACUCAUUUGAAGAUGCCCUGCACAGACUUGUUCCAUACCACGUGUACCAGGGAUUGCUUCCUCCCGAACACGAUCUAAAGAAGGUGGAUGAUGAGUUUGAAACGGUAUCGACGCAGCUUCUGAAGCGCACACAGGCCAUGCUGAACAAGUAUCGCUUGCUUCUUUUGGAAGAGUCUAAGAGAGUGAGCCCUUCUGCAGAAAUGGUAAUGAUUGACAGAAUGUUUAUCCAAGAGGAGAAAGUGGCCUUGUCCACGGACCGGCAAUUGGCAAAGGAAAGACCAGAUGAAUAUGUAUCCUGCUCUUCCUCACGGUCUCAAAACAUUGUCCCCUCUGUGGCCUCUGUCUCUUCUUCCCCUUGUCCUGCCCCAACUCCAGAGAUCCUGAAACCGGCUGCAGUACAAACCUCAACACCAAUACACCCUACCAAAUUAGUGAUCAAGCACAGUGGAGGGGGAUCCCCCUCCGUGACUUGGGCCAAAGCCUCACCCUCGCUUGAUGCAGAUGAUGAUGCACUCCCUUCCCGUAGCAGACCGCCAAUCAAGACCUACGAGGCCCGUAGUCGCAUCGGCCUGAAACUGAAGAUCAAGCAAGAGGCUGGGUUAAGCAAAGUUAUCCACAAUACAGCUUUGGAUCCCAUUCAUCAAAACCCUCCCCCGCCUCCGCAGCCGCCAGCUCCUCCGACAACUCCUGCCAGCACUGUUAUCAAGACUAUAGUUAACCCAACGCCAGCUACUACCACCACACCCACAGGACAGAUGAAUGGUACCCUAGAUCACUCAUCGCCUGUUGAAAAGAAACCUCUGGCAACAUACUGUCGGCUGCCUCUGCGCAAAACAUAUCGAGAGAAUGUGGAUGCCUUUGUGAUGGGUAAACCAGCAGACACCAGGUCAAAGGUAGAAACUCCAGUGCCGGUUGUGGCACAGUCUGUGAAGCAGGAGGAUGGCUCGCGGAGUGUAAUCACAUCUCACAAAACACAAGGGGUCUCUGAGAAGGUGAAGAAAGAGGACAGCUCCAAGAUGGUCUUCUUUAGCAGGGGGGACAACAAAGCUAACAAGAAUGAGGAUAUGACCAUGAGUGCGAUGAGAGACGUCAAGGAUGAAGAUACAGGCUUCUAUAGACGGGUGAUCAAGACUGAGCCAACAGAGCAUGAGAGUGACUUGAGCUGGGAGAUGCCACUCCCCUCUGCCAAAAGGCUGAAGUCAGAGCAGUUUGAUGUGGAUAAUGCCAGUUUUUCCAGUGACAGCCCACAGGAUGACACUCUCAAUGAGCACCUUCAGAGCGCCAUUGACAGUAUCCUCAAUCUUCAGCAGCCCCAGAGCGGUGGAGGCUCCAACACCCUACUACGCUCCUCAGCGCAGCCCUCGUACCAUCACUCCUCUUCCUCCUCUCCCUUUUCCUCACCAGUCCACCGCACAGACUCGUACCUCACCCCCAACCACAACGGAGGCCUGGGGGCCAGGACGUUAAACAGAUAACAGGUGGAAGGAAACUGUUGAGCGAGCCGUCAGAAGUAAUCAAUUCAUUGACUGGGGAGACAGAUGUUCAUGACAUGGACAUGACGAGAUGCUGCAGUACCUGGAGACAGGGGUCGCACAUAUUUUUCGGAUUAAGCCUCAAUUCAUUUUUCGGAUUAAGCCUCAAUUCUUUUUCCCAAUCGCCCACACCAUGUGGCGAAUGGAUCUAUAGAGAGAUUGUGCCUCUUCUCUGUUGGAAAGCAUUGUAUUGUAGUAACGUCUCAAAGCGAGGCGCCUUUUUCUCCCCAGCCGCUGCAGAAAAAAAAAACCUUUUAAAGGACACAUAAACCGGUAAUCUGUUGCCUUCAAAACUUUUAUUUUUUUGUUGUUUUUCCCUAAUACCUCCUUCCCAUCUCUUUU